AACACCAUUCUUCUGGCAAUGGCUGCUAUCUUCACACUCUCAUGGCAGUUCUCCUCCCUUCCUCUGUCCACCACCCACAACCUAAACCUCCUCAAACCCCAAAACCCAUUUCUUCUUCACAAUUUUCUCUCUCCUCCAACCCCAAAACUCUCUCUUUAACCUCCAAUAAGAGAGAUUUCCUCUUUCAAUCACUCUCUCUUUGCAUUGCUUCUCUAAUCCUCGAAAUCCCAACUCCCAUUUCUGCAACUGAAGCUGUUUCUUCAUCAAAAUCUAUUCUUUCGGCCAUUUUAAACACGAAAUCAUGGUUUCAGUUUUUUGGAGCUGGGUUUUCUAUCCGUAUUCCUCCUGAAUUUGUAGAUGUUAUGGAGCCUGAGGAUUUUAAUGCUGGGUUGUCCCUUUAUGGAGAUAAGGCAAAGACAAAGACAUUUGCAGCACGUUUUGCUUCUCCUGAUGGGUAUGAGGUAGUGAGUGUUAUUAUCAAGCCAUCCAACUCGCUGAAAAUCACCUUUCUAGAGGCUCAGGAUAUUACUGAUUUAGGCUCUCUGAAAGAAGCAGCAAAGAUCUUUAUUCCAGGUGGAUCAUCGCUGUACUCUGCACGGACUAUUAAAAUUAAAGAAGAUGAAGGUUUCAGGACAUAUUAUUUCUACGAGUUUGGCAGAGAUGAACAGCGUGUUGCACUUGUAGCUGCCGUUAGUGGCGGGAAGGCAUUUGUUGCUGGAGCGACUUCCCCAGAGUCCAGGUGGGAUAGUGAUGGUGUAAAACUCCGCAGUGCUGCCUUAUCCAUGACGCUGUUGUAGUCACUUAUCCCAUCAUCUUCUUAAUAUUAUAGCUCCAUUCAUUUUGGUUGGAUAUUAUUACAUUUUAUUUUUCUUCUUUUCCCCUUUUCUUCGGCAGUACAGUAGGUCAGUACCUUACGAGCUGAGCAUAUUGUAAUUGUACAUCAUAUUCAAAACAUCAGUAAUCAGUAUCAGUGUUUCUGUGUUUGCA